AUGAAAAACAGAGAGUCAAACCUGAUGGUUUUUCGCUUAGUUGAGAGCGACAAUGAUCGCACUGAUGUUAUGAAGAUAUUGCAACAUUUGGUUGAAGACAUUUCAGAGAAGGAUGUUCUAAGAACUACCAGGCUAGGUAAAAAAAGUGUUGACGUAGUCAGACCAUUGUUGAUAAAGCUGAAAAAUGCAAAGAUUAAGAAUUCAACAAUGAGAAAUGUUUACAAGAUGAAAACAAUAGCUGAUAAAUUUGCCGGUGUUGGACUAAGUGAUGAUUUGACAAAGGAACAGAGGCAGGAGUAUAAAACGUUUGUUGAAAAAGCUAAAUCAAUGCAAUCUGAUAAUAAAGAGAAUUUUUUAUACCGUGUCAGAAGACCAGUUGGAAGAUGGAAGAUAAUACAGUUUCAAAAAAAUUCACUUAAACAAUUGUCUCAGUAA